UGAUGAGAUUAUUAGGACACCAUAUUCGAGAGAGGUGACAGCGGGGAGCGGUACUCGCGGCCAGUCUUACAGUUGGCAUACACGGCUAAAAAAGUGAAAUCGCCAAAUUGGAGCCCCAAGAGGUCAACGGGUUAUGAUGGUUCUGCAACGAUUUGUGGCAUUAUGGCUCGUUCUCUCAGUUGUAGCGGUUUCAGGUAAAAAAGGCAGUAGACUGGGAGAAAAAUGUGAAUACGACAGUGACUGCGACGUCGCAUAUUCUUUCUGCAGAGGUCAACAAGAAUGCAUGUGCAAAAAAGGAUUUGAACAAGGACCAUCCAACGACCGAUGUGUAGCGACGAUUGGCGCGAAAUGUGAGACGCACUAUGAUUGUGCCGGUCUGCCGAACUCUGGGUGCGAAUUGGACAUUUGCACUUGCCGCGAGGGUUUUGUGGCUCACUCAAGCGGACGCGAGUGUCUCAAGGUGGCCGCUCUGCACAUGGAUGUGUGUACAGAACAAGGUCAGUGCUCCUCAGCCUUUGGGGACCGCAUGGAGUGUCGUGACAACAAGUGCCAGUGCAUCCCCAUGUUCCAUUUUGCAGAAAACUUAUGUAUUAAGAGCAAAGCUUUAGAUGAGCAGUGUAGUAGCAGUAAAGAGUGCUAUGUGAGUGAAAACGACGAUGAGAACAAAAAGCUGGUGUGCACAUCUGGAAGGUGUCAAUGCAUCAUGGGUUAUCACAUGGCAUUGGAUCGCAGAACUUGCACAGAUGGUGCUUCACAGAUGAAUUUGAUGUCCCUCUUUGCGGCACUAAUGCUUGGCAUCACUCUCCAAUUUUUCAACUAAUUUAAUGCCGAAAUUUUAAAUUUAAUUUUAUUAAGUUAGGGUUUAAGAUGAAUAAACUUCGCUAUGUUUAAUUUUAA